AUGCAUAUACCAAUAUCCAUACAGCAGUGGCUGUUACUACUACUGGUUUACUGCGCAACGUCUGUGCGCGCCACACCAGCCUUCAAUGAAGUCAAUGGCCAUCAAACGAAUGGAUCCGUUUGCCCACUACCAACAUACCAUUCGUAUCCAUGUCCCAACUUGUGUGUGCGUGAUGUCUCAUUGUGCCCACCAACGGUGCGUCCUACAUGUGAACAAGGUCUUACCUUUUGCGUUGAUGGCUCUUGUCGCUCGACUUGCCCUCCCAACCUUGUUUCUUCAUGUGCUUGUCCCGGUGCACCUACCUUGCAAGGAAACAUUUAUCCAUGCAGAGAUACACAAACAGUGGACAUUCCCAAUUUCAAUGCAUCUCAAAAAGAUACUCAAACAAUCCAAUCCUGUGCAUCCGAUAUGAGCCUUACAGGCAUCACUGAAUGGGUCCCCAAUCCAUACGAGAUCAUGUGGGGAAAUUGCCCGACCCCAAAUUAUGGAGCUCUCAAUUUCCAUGAGCCUGUUUUUAUUGCCCUCUAUGUCUUUUAUGGUUCAUGUGUCGUGUCUUUGGUGGGUUGGACUAUCUAUAAACGUCUUCGAGAAAAGGUGAUUCGACUCCAAUACCGCAAAUCACGUAAAACGGUGGUUAGCCAGUAUCAUGACGACGAAGAAGCUACCAGAGAAGAAAAAAAGCCUGCCAAUCCUCCUCCUUCUGGAAUGGAAGAAGAUGAUACAGGCUCAUCGUAUCUAUCCUCUUUGGAGCCUGAAGAGCAGAUGGUGAUCAAGGCAUAUCGACGUGACUAUUUGGGCAUGUUUUGCUUUGUCCUGUACAUUCUGCAAACCAUUGGCAUGGUUGCCUACAUGAUCUUGCUUACUCGAGACUACUACCACGACUACAUCCUUUUCCGUGGUAAUCAAACGGUGCAAGCUAGUACAUUUAUGGGUAUGUGGUAUAUCUUGUUUGGUUGGUUUGCAUCGCUCGUCAUCUUCAAGAGCCGCCUCAUGAACUUUUUCCGUAUCCAAUGUACCUAUGACCGGGGUCAAUAUGUGCAAGUGGAAAAGGCUGAACCAGCACUCAUUUUCUUGGAAGAUGAAGAUCCUAUCAUGAAGCGGGUUCAUCAACUUGAGUCAACAGGAAAGCGAAUCUUUGGUUUGGAUGUCGUGGUGAGCACAUCCAAGCUUGAGCAUACACGUACAGGCACCAAGUACUUUGUUUACCAAUGCACACGCUAUGUUUAUCAUCCCGAGACACAGCUAUUUUCCCCACACGAAUUUGAAUUGGGUGACACCAAUGCUGAUCUUGCCAAACAAACUGAAGGCUUGACAACGGAUGAAGCUGCAAGACGUAAAGAGCUGAUUGGUGCCAACUUUAUCAGUGUCUAUGUGCCCAAUGUGCCAAUGGCUAUUCUUCGUGAAUUCUCAUCCUUCUUUUACAUUUAUCAAUUCACCGUGCUAUGGCUCUUUUAUUACUUUGCCUACUGGCAGGUGGGUAUUGCGGAUACCGCGGUGAUUUUGCUAUCAGCCUUUGUCAAGGUGGUUGUGCGUCUCAAAUCCGAGCAUCGAAUCAAGAAAAUGGCCGAGUUUACAGAUGAAUGCCGUAUUCGACGUGACGAUGUAUGGUCCACCAUGUCAACAGCUGAUCUUGUACCGGGCGAUGUAUUUGAAGUGCGAGAAGGCAAAACGACGCCAUGUGAUGGUGUGGUGUUGAGUGGUAACAUUGUAGCCGAUGAAAGCUCUUUGACAGGUGAACCAUUGCCGAUUCGAAAGUUCCCUUUGCGUACGGAUGAUAUGAUGCGCUAUGAUCCCAUGGGUUCUGCCAAAACAUCCACCAUCUUUGCUGGUACCACCAUUUCACAAGCUCAACGCACGGAAGCCGAUCAGCCUGUGAUUGCAUUGGCUACCAAAACGGGCACUUCCACUGAUAAGGGCGAACUCGUCAAAAAGAUCCUCUUCCCGACACGCGUCUCCUUUAUCUUUGAUGAGCAGAUCAAGAUCGUCAUUCUUAUCCUUCUCAUUUGCGGCGUCAUUUGUCUUGCACUCGCCAUCUGGUUAUAUGCCAAGGGUACAGCCGCAUGGUUCUAUGCCAUGUUCGCCAUUGCGCAAUUGGUGUCUCCAUUGCUCCCUGCAGCACUUGUCGUGGGUCAAUCGGUGGCAGCAGGUCGUCUACGCCACAAAAAGAUUUACUGUGUUGAUCUCCCACGUAUUUUAAUGGCCGGCAAGGUACAACUCUUUUGCUUUGACAAGACGGGCACCCUUACGCGUGAAGGUCUCGAGUUUUAUGGUACAAAGCCAAUCACGGAUGUGGACAAUGUCGUCGAGCAACGUGCUCAAAAGCAAACGCCCACCUUUGGUGUGCACCAGCAUGAUCCCUUGUCAAUGCCACGUUUGAUGCAGCUUAGUAUCGCCACAUGUCAUGCUGUGACCAUUCUCAACGACCAGUUUAUCGGCAACCCCGUUGACAUUGAAAUGUUCCGAUCGAGCAAGUGGAAACUUGAACUCCAAUCACAUGAAAAGGAUGACUAUGUGGAUACGUUGACACCGCCUGUGAAGAAUGCUGGAGACAAUGCCGAUCCUGUUCACGUCCUCAAACGCUUUGAAUUUGUACAUGCUCGCAUGUCCAUGUCCGUUGCUGUCUUGGAUACACACACAAACAAGGUCCACAUCUUCGUCAAGGGUGCUUAUGAGAAAAUCAAGGAUCUCUCCAACCCAGAAUCUGUACCAGAGGAUUAUGAUGAGACGGCAUCAUCCCUUGCUCGUGAAGGAUGCUACGUGCUUGCAUGUGCUCAUCGUGAGCUUGAUUUGGAGGCGAUUGGUGGCAUGUCAAAUUUCCGGGAAUGGAAUCGUGAUCAAAUGGAGCAGGAUAUCAACUUUAUUGGAUUGAUUGUCUUCAAGAAUCAGCUCAAGGACGACACAACUGAGAACAUUGCCGAAUUGAAACGUGGCGCUACACGUACCACCAUGAUUACAGGUGAUACAGCUCUCACAGGUGUAUAUAUUGCACGUCAAUGUGGCAUGGUUGAAACGGGUGCCAAGGUGCUACUUGGUGAUUACAAGCCAAAAGAAGAGCGUGUGGUGUGGUCGGAUGUCGAUAAUGAAGCAGCAUUCCCAGAUGUCAAUGUCGAUGACUAUUUGAACGAACAAGAACGUGUCCCUGUGGAAUUGGCUGUUACUGGCAAAGCGUUCAAUUGGCUUGUGGAUCAUGAUCUUAUCCGAAAGUACUUGUUGGAUAUUCGUGUGUUCGCUCGUAUGACUCCAAAUGGCAAGGUGCAAUGCAUCCAACUUCAUAUGGAGCGAGGUAUCACAGCCAUGACAGGUGAUGGUGGUAAUGAUUGUGGUGCUUUACGUGCUGCACACGUGGGUAUUGCCAUGUCCGAUGCCGAAGCAUCUAUCGUAUCACCCUUCAGCACAAGUAUUCGAAGCGUCAAAUCAUGUGUGGAGCUUAUUCGACAAGGCCGUGGUGCAUUAGCUACAUCACUUACAGGAUACAAAUAUCUCAUUAUGUAUGGUCAAGUCAUGAUGAUGCUCAAGAUCUAUACUUUUUACUUUUCCACCACAAUGUCUCAAAACGUGUGGAUCGCUGUCGAUGUAUUCAUUACUGUGUUCCUGACGUGGGCCGUGUCACAAUCAAAGGCUGCCAAACGUCUUGCUCCUGAAAGACCAACGGCUCGUUUAUUGGGUCCUCAGACAUUGGCAUCCUGCUGGGGUCUUGUGGCGAUCAAUUGGUUGUUCUUGAUUGGUGCCUUUGUUAUGCUAUACAAACAAAGCUGGUUCCGUUGCAAUGAAUUUGAUGCAUCAGCAGUGGAUCUUUCAAAGUGGUGGUUGUUAGCCGACAAUUACGAAGCCGAAGUACUUGCUCUUGUAUGCUUGUUCCAAUUCAUCAACAAUGCUGCCGUGUUCAACUUUGGUUACAAAUUCCGUCAAAGCUGGUGGAGAAACUAUGCACUCGUCAUUCUUUGGCUCGGCUACCUGGUGAUCGUAUCCUAUUGGACCCUGGCAGAUCCUAACGACUUUGCAUGCAUGUUCCGGUUUAAUUGUGGUACAAAGAGCGUGCUUGCUCAAUUUGGAUAUACGCCUCCAUCACGUAACAUUGAACCUUACAAUACACCUCUUGGCCAUAACGUCAUGCCCUGGACCUUCCGCUGGCGACUAUGGGGCGUAUGCAUUGGCAACGUGGUGGCAGGUCUCGCUUGGGAAAGGCUGGUGGUCCUUGGUCCUGUUCAUGCUUACCUUGCACGCAGGUUCCCUGUCGAUCGUCUCAAAGUCAAAUACUAG